AUGCAGGCCCUAGCAGUUCGCCCGGAUCAAGAACAGGCCUCUCUCACCGCUCAGCAAAGUCUGCAAUCGGUGCAGACGCUACUCAAAGCUAGCCUAGGCUGUAUCACAUACUUGAGGAACCUACUUCCCUCCGAGAAUUUCUCGACAUGCUACUUGACAUCUUCUGGCCCUGCAUCGCUAUCUUCGCAGCCUUCGAUGACUCCAGGAUCUUUUGCGUCCGACAACGGGAAGCGGAACGUGAGCGGAUUCAAGAUCAUGACCGUCACCCGUGGUUUCACAGAAGAGGCCGACAAACUCCUCGAUUACAUGGAGCAUGGGAUAUUUGAUGCGCUUCAGAAACAGUACCUUCGUAGCUUCAUCAUGGCGGUGUUCCUGGACAACGACGAUCCAAACAACAUCGUCGAAGCCUACACAUUCAACUUCGACUAUCAUAAGAUCCCCGGAACAGAUAUUACUGUCCCGGUCAUGACACUCGAUGCUGACUUGGAGAGGUUAUCACUUCACGGGAAACACAAGACCUUCGAUCCUGUGUCAGACGCGACGAGGCAAGGAAGAGUGCCGACCCUCGGGGAAGUCAAAAGAAGUUUGAAGACAUUGAUUAAGAAUCUGAUCCAGGCGACAACCCAGAUGGAUGCUCUGCCGAAACGCCGGUUCGCCACCUUCAAACUGUUCUACAAUGACCAGACGCCAGACGAUUAUGAGCCGACGCAUUUCCACGCUGGAGAUGCCAAGAAGGAUCGGUGGUUCUUUACUACCCACGAGAAGUCCGAGGUCCCAGAGAAAUGCAACAUUGGGUCGCUUCAGACCGGAUACCACGGAGUGAACGUCCGCAUAGCAUCGGUGUCGGGGUACCUGCCAUCUACGGAGGACAACAAUGCACCGUUUUUGGGAACAACGGUGGGUCACACCCACGCAGCCCCAGUUCUGACGCCUACCGAAGAGGCGGCAGCUAGGAUGCAGCAGAUGGAAAUACAGCGUCGGGAUGCUAUGGACCGGCAGGUUGUCUGGGAUGCGGAUGAUGGUAUGUGCGAUGCGGAUGCAGAUGGCGAGGAGGAUCCCGACUUCGUUCCAGCGGAUGACUCCGGCGUUGAGUUCUUCGCUCCCAUUGGCAUCAGGGACGAAGAAGGGAAUAUCCAACCCUAUGACCCCCGGGGAAAGCAAAGCGGACGUUUUGAAGAGGUCCGUUAUGCCGGGCGUGCGGAGGACGUGCCCAAUGAAAUCGCGCAGCUGGCGGAGGGUGGAAAGCACACCGAAGAGCCCAUACAACAAACUCAGCAGUUGGAAGAGACUCAAGUUAUUCAUUCUCCCGCGAUUGCCGCUUCGCCGCUUACUUCGUCUCCUUCGCUUUCGCCAUCUCCUACCCCGCAGCCAAGGGCUCGGAAUCGCACUGCUAAGAGAAUCGCAUCUGUCGAUAGCUCGUUGCCACCUUCCGACAUGCUUCCUGAGUCGAUGUCAUCCGGAUCUCCUAUUAUUCCUGAGCCUGGUUCUAUCGACACGCAGUUGAUCAAGGACCUCAUCAUCAACGCUUGCACGACUGGUGAAGACGCAGACAUGCUCGAACUAGAUACGCAAAUUAUUCCUGGCAGCGUCGACUCGAUUCAUUCAUUCAAGAGCGCUGAUGGAACCGGACUUGAAUCAGUUCAGGGUGGCGCUGCCCAGGGACAAACGGUAGACGUCGUGGAAUGUGAAUGUGGAGUAGCCGUGGAAGACUGCGACUGCGUCAAAUGCGAAGGCGACUGCAAGAAGUGGUUCCACAUGUGGUGCAUGGGUUUUCGCUCGGCCAAAGACAAACGGCUUCCUGCACGCUUCGUUUGCUUCGAUUGCCGCGUGAAAGCCGACCAAAACUGGGAACUCAUCGUGGUACAUGACCUCUACCCUCGAAUGAUGGAGCGAUUCAAGGACUUGGCGAUCUUCAGGAGGGCCAUCAAGGUCUUCGAAACGUCUAAGCCAGAUUGUCUGUCUGCAUUCACGAAGCUCAUCGCGUGUGAUUCUGCGGUCGCAGGACAAGUCUUCAAGAGACUUGAGGCCGAAGGGUUCAUCGCCCCGGCAGGGGAGACCUCAGACGCCGGGCCUAAGGCUGGACAGAGCAAGAACAACGGCAAGAACAAGGCCAGGGGUCGACAGACGCAGCGCCGGAAAACGAUGCAAAAGCCUCGAUAUGUCUUCGUCAGCGCAUCUACCCGGAGCCAAGCAUACAAGGAUUACUUCGACCCGGACCCUGAGGUUGAGAAGAAAGUCUUGGGUCUCUCGGACUUGCAAGAGAGUCGGAGGGGACAUCGAGAUAAAGUGAAGAUCUCGCUCGGCCCUGCUGUCGACCUCGGAGACUAG